CCUUAUCAUCUUCAACCCGUCCCGUGAACCCUCACUCGCCUCCUCCACUGACUCUCUUUUACAGUUACUCCCGCCGAAACUCCGCCGCCGUAUCUCCGCCGCGAAUUCCGAUGAGAUUCGCUUCCCUUUUACAGUAACAAAACACAAAGUAAAUAUCCUCCGCCGCAGGAUGCCAUCCUCCGCCCCGUCCUCGGCCGUCAUCCCGAUCACUGUCUUCCUACUCAUAACGCCGGCGGCCUUCUUCUUCCUCGCGCCGCGCUUCCUCCCUCCCCGACAAAUUUCCAUUUCCGUUCCCGACGAGCUCGACGACCUCUCCCUCUUCCACAAAGCCAUCGCCAUGGACUCCGCCGACUUCUCGCGCCGCACCGGUCGCCUCCCCGCCGCGAAGUCCCGCUUCUCUUCCUCCCUCCGCCGCCCUAAAAUCGCCUUCCUGUUCCUCACGAAUUCGGAGCUCCAUUUCGCGCCUCUCUGGGAGCGGUUCUUCGCCAAUACAACCCUCAAGCACUACAACAUCUACAUCCACGCCGAUCCUUCCGUCAGAGUCCCUCCCUUCGCCGGAGUUUUCAACGGAAAACUCAUCCCCUCGAAGCGAACUCAACGAUCUUCCCCUACACUCAUCUCCGCCUCUCGCCGACUCCUCGCCACGGCGAUGCUCGACGACCCUGCGAACGCUUAUUUUGCCCUAAUUUCCCCGACCUGCAUUCCUAUCCAUUCCUUCAAUUAUUUCUACAAUUUCCUCUUCGAUUUAGGCAGGCUAUCGAAGAACCUGGAUUUUCCGAGCUACAUCGAGAUUCUCGACAACGAGCCGACUCUGUGGGAUCGGUACAACGCGAGGGGAGACAACGUGAUGAUCCCCGAGGUCCAGUUCAACGAAUUCCGAGUAGGUUCUCAGUUCUUUGUGCUUACGCGAAAGCAUGCGUUGAUGGUGAUCAAGGACAGGAAGCUAUGGCGAAAAUUUAAGCUGCCAUGUUUGAAUGUGCAUUCCUGCUAUCCAGAGGAGCACUAUUUCCCUACAUUGCUGUCAAUGGAGGAUCCAGAUAGCUGCUCUCAUUAUACAUUGACAAGGGUUAAUUGGACCGACAGUGUGGAUGGGCAUCCACACACCUAUUACCCUUCUGAGGUUUCUCCUGAUUUGAUUUACAGGCUCCGGGAAUCAAAUUCAAGCUACUCAUAUAUCUUUGCUAGGAAAUUCUCGCCGGACUGCUUGCAGCCUUUGAUGGAAAUUGCAGAUUCAGUUAUUCUCAAGGAUUAAUUGAAACAUUGUCGAAAAAUGAGGUUUGGAAUUGGAAGAUGUUUCCUGGACUGGAGUGCCUGCCAACAUGGGAUUAGGCUUUGGAGUGGCUGCCCAAAAAUAAAAUGCCCUCAGGCCUAAGUAACCCAGACGGAGUCAAACCAAAGCAAGGUAAGGUAAUAUUUAUAGCUUUUGGUAUAUUUAUGUAUAUAUUUAUGUGUACCUUUAACUUUGGUCCUCAAUAUUGUUGAUUGUGUAAAGUGUAAAUGUAUAUAUGUGUGAAAAUGGACAUUUCCUGGCUCUGCAUUGAAGGGAAUGCAAAAAUGCCAGUCUUCUUCUGUCAGUGUUUCGAAAUUUAACAAGUGUGCAUAAUCUUCACUUUGUGGGCUAA